AUGAGCGGCCGUGGGGGAGGUGGAGGAGGGGGGCGAGGGGCAGCAGCGCCAGGUCGUGGAGCAGGAGGAGGUGGGGCUGGAGGAGUCGCCGGUGGAGGGGCCGGCGAUGAUGAUGNAGGUCACGACCGCGGAGCGCGCCAACAAGGACGAGGAGGGGGGCUGAGCGGCCGUGGAGGAGGUAGAGGAGGGGGGAUGAGCGGCCGUGGGGGAGGUGGAGGAGGGGGGCGAGGGGCAGCAGCGCCAGGUCGUGGAGCAGGAGGAGGUGGGGCUGGAAGAGCCGCUGGUGGAGGGGCCUGCGAUGAUGAUACUUCAACAUCCAGUGCGCAGGAACGCUUCUUUGAAGAAGUGAAGGACAAGAUCGACCGGAGUAUCACCCACGAGGGAGGUGGUGUGAAAGGCCGGUUCCCGUUUGACAACCCGCUCGUGCGUCCGAAGUGUGCCACUUUUCAGCCAUCACCAGACCUACCGAAACUCGACCGGUUUUAUCAGAAGGCGGUAUUGGUAUGGAUACCGGAGUUCUUGUUCCCAGAGCUCCAGGCAGUUCCUUGUCCAGGAUGUGGGGGCAAGGGCGCACCUGAUGGCUGGAACCCUAAGGGGCCACGCCGGGUGUUCAUGGAGCACGACGUGGCGUACGUGAUGGGGUUUCGGUACAAGUGUGCGAAGUGCGCGGAGUUCAAUAAAGGCAAGCAGGAGGCGGAAAAGCGCAAGACGAGCUUCAACGCGUGGGAUGCUGGGUGCCUCCGGCGUCUCCCGGAGUACAUCUCCAAGGAGUUCCCUUUCCUUCUCACCAAGCGGUCGGGCAUUGAGAUUUGCAAGGUGGAUCGGCUUACAGAUCAUUUGGUGCAUGGGAAGGGCUUCUCCGGUGCUGCCAAGGACAUUCGUCAGGCGCAUACGACCAAGUUCAUGGUGGACCAGCUGAAGGACGCCGUUGCCUCGGCACUCUUGUACGAGGUCAUCCACAAGAACAAGGACCCGAUCACGUCCGUGCCUUCUUCACCGUUCGACCCGGCUAUCGGCUUGAAGGNUUUCCAAGUUGGUGCGAGCUACGCCAUCAGGGACGCCGUUGCCUCGGCACUCUUUUACGAGGCCAUCCACACGAACAAGGACCCGAUCACGUCCGUGCCUUCUUCACCGUUCGACCCGGCUGUCGGCUUGAAGGUGCGCCUCUACAACGCCAGCCAUUCCGCCUGCGUGGCGGUAGGUCACGUGGUGUCCGACGCCACCGCGGAGGCCGCCCUUCGUCACUGGCAAAGUUCUGCCAAGCUACAAGGGGGCUCCGGGGCAGGAGGUGACCCGGUAGAGGGGUCGCCGAUCUUGGCUGGGCCUGGGGCGGGGGCGGCGGGGGCGGCGCGGGCGGCGUUGCCGCAGUUCAGGGCCUACACCGAAUGCGGACACCACAAGGGUGCAUACCCUGCUGAACACCCUGGGGAUCGCCGUGCACAUAGGGCGAAAGGUUCAGCGCCCCAGCCCGACCUUGAACCGGCGAAAAAUGUUUAGUGGACCAGAGCUUGCGGCGUCCAGAGUCGGACAAUGUCUGGAACCCGAACCAAAGAAAGAGGACGUUGCUGCCCUGCCCGUGCGAUGUAUGCAAGGGCUCAUACGCACACGUGGAGGAUGGUGACAGUUAGCCUGUACUGCCGGGUCGAGAAGAGCUGGACACACGUAAAAAAAAGUAAAUAUUUGCCUACCGGUUCGACAGGCCGUUCGGUCAGUUAAGAGUGCACUAGUUGUACGGCAGUCGCCCAGAAUUUCGGGUGGUAAAGGAAAUUAACAAACGGCCCACGGUUGAGACAUCAGAUACACCACGGCUGCCCAGGCGAUGUGUGCGUGUGUGUGUGU